UUGAAUGUAUUGGGAGAUCCAUUAUGUCUGGCUCCCGUGGAACUUUCUACGAAGUAAUAUAAUUCUUGAAAACGUAUGCCGUCCCUAAUGAGCGAGCUCAGUUCUUGUAUGCCGGUGUAAGAGCAUAGAGCAAGGAAGAGUAAUCGGCUGCCCCAUUCUACUCGUGAACAUGGGUAAUCAGUACAUGUACAUUGCGAUCGUAGCACUUGGUGUAUUUUUGGCCAAAACAGCGGCCAAAGAUAAACCCACUGUUACUUUGGAACAAGGUGAUCUGGUCGGCACCACCGAGACUUUUGAGGAGUCCCAAUUCAUCCGUGUGGACAAAACCAUUGAUGUCUUCAAGGGGAUACCAUUCGCUGAGCCGCCCGUGGGGCAGCUGCGAUUCAGGCCCCCGGUGGCAAAAGAGCCGUGGGUCGGUACAUACGACGCUACGUACUUCAGAGAUGCCUGUAUGCAGAACCCAGCAUAUGUGGGUAAUGCACCCGUGAGCGAAGACUGCCUACAUCUCAACAUCUAUGCACCAAAACCCGCAUUGCCAGAGGGCGCUGCCGUCAUGGUCUGGAUACAUGGUGGUGGUUUCAGUACUGGAUCCAGUCGUGAAUAUUACGGACAGUCAUUGGUUGCAUCGGGUGACGUCAUCGUUGUCACAAUCAAUUAUCGCCUGAAUGUAUUCGGGUUUCUUACAACAGGUGAUGAAGCUUUGCCGGGUAACGUUGGACUCAUGGAUCAAGUCUUAGCGUUGGAGUGGAUUAAGAAGAAUAUUGCAGCUUUCGGCGGUGAUAAAAACCGCGUUACUAUCUUCGGUCAGGCUGCAGGAUCGGCCAGCGUCAGUUUUCACAUACUGUCUCAACUAUCCGAGGGUCUGUUUGACCGUGCAAUAAUGCAGAGUGGUACAGCUUUUUCACCUUGGGGGUAUUCCGAGGACAAGGAGAAGCUACGACAGCAGGCUUUUAACAUCGGGCAGAAGCUUGACUGUGGAGCAUCUGAGAGUACCGCCCUGGUGAAUUGCCUCAGAGACAAGAACGCAACGGAUCUUGACGGAGCAGUAGGCAGUAACUUCCUCUUUUUCGCCGUGGUUGUGGAUGGGAGCUUCCUGGUCGACACACCAGAAGCUCUGUACGCAACUGGUCGGUACAAUCACGCUGACCUUCUCCUGGGCACGAAUAAAGAUGAAGGCACGCUGUUUAUACUGACCCUACCUCGCUUCUACGGUGCCUUCUUCUCCCAGAAACCUCCCACCAUGAGCAGACAGGAUUUUGAUGAACUUAUCGCCAAGGAAUCGUUUCUGGAUGGUCAAAAUGAACUAGUUGAGGACGCUAUCAGAAUGCAGUACAUUGACUGGUCCAUGGCAGACUUCAGCGACCAUGACUACUUUCGCUCGUACUUGGAGUUUGCGACGGAUUUCUAUUUUGCAAGUGGGGUGGACAGGGUGGCGCGCUUCCAUUUCCAUGGCAACGACAGUGUCUUCAUGUAUCAGAUGACGCACGUGCCCUCUGUGUCCUUCUACGGCCUUUACGGCGGACCAGGUUGGCUAGGCUGCGGUAACGCUGAAGAUAUGUCGUUUGUGUUCGGCCUUCCCUUCAUCUCUUAUAUGGCGCCGCUCUAUGCCGCAUUCACGGAUGAAGAGAAAGGACUGUCCGUCGAGUUGAUGCAGUUCUGGACAACUUUUGCCAAAACUGGACACCCUGGGGUGCAGAAGCCUGGCUCCCCUCCCGACUCCCAGCGUGCCUACUGGCCCCGUUUUACCGUGCCCGAGUUGGAGUACAAGGAACUCAGCUUGAAUCUAACCACAUCCAGAGCGCUCAAGAGUCAGCAGUCUCAUUUCUGGAAUUCCUACAUCAUUCAGCUCAACACUAUGCUCGGUCAAGAAUCGAGAGCAGCCGUCGGUUUGGGGCCAAACACCGACUCGGGACCAAACAUUGUUGCAGUAGCAGGGGUCGGUUUCAUCGUGGUUGUGAUUGGCCUCAUCGCAUUCACUCUGUGGCAAAAACAUAGGGCUGCUCGUUCACAGCAAAGAGCUACUUACGAAAGGCCGGUGUACAUGUAGCGGAAAGUGAAUGGAAACAAGCAUUCAACGUCUGGAAGUGCACGCAUCUGACCGAUCGAUUGG